CACUCUCAAAAGGUUUCACCUCUCUCUGCCUGGUGAUAUCUAGCGGACAGGGCCCUGGCAUGGUCAAUCGCAGAACACGCGCUGCUAGUUACUCCAGGCAUCAGCUCUAAAUCUUCAGCUAACUAUUUCAUAGUCAAUAGCUACGGAGUACAUGAUUUGAAUAUCAUGGCUUUUGACAGCUUUAUGCAAUUCAGCCCUAUUUUAGCUCGACGAGUAGCUAAUGAAGUUUAUCGACAAACAUCUACUGCUCCUCCGUACCUGCGAUGUAGUCUAUUAAAUUCCAUGCAAAGAGGCUCGGUUUUAAGCGAAGAUGAAGCAUAUGUAUACCUACUUGACAUUUUCGUCGCUGGAAGAGUUUCAGAGUCUGUUUGGACGUUCCAAUCUGCUAAUUUCCUUCGUAGCGAGUUGAAGAAUGCUUGAGCCGCCUAUCUUAAGGGCGAUGAAACAGGAUCUAACCUUCAAUCUGAACCUUGUGCGCGACUAGUUGUCGAUCCUAUGAAAUGCGAUACUCGAAAUCUCGUUCACGGUUCCUCGCUGACCAGGUUGCAGGGCAAGGAACCCGAAAGGUUAGCUCUCCUUACUAUGCCCUGCGCCAAUGACAGCGCUCUGCGACAAACCAGAUUUAAGCCGUGUGGCUUGUGUGACCUUGGACGGCAGAACGAUGCACCCAUCAGCUCCCUGGUUACGGAGUACGGAGUACAGGGCAAGGUAUCAAAACUCUGAAAUUGCGGCCUGGUCUAUGUGGCAGUGUCCUCGGCCUCGUACCUCUUCAAGAAACCUAUAAAUCAGGAAGAGGUGGACCGGCGUGCACCCAGUCUCUCCACUCGCCCUCGAAAUCCUUCUUGUUUGCUUGGAUUUAUCCCUCAAAUCCUCUCAAUCAUACACAAUUAAAGAAUUGAAGCCUCGGCUGCCAAGAUCGACGCAACAUGACCAAGGCUAUUCACCUUCUCUCCCUCGCUCUCGCCAGCGGUGCUGCCACCGCCAGGACGAUUAAGGUCAAGGUCGCCAACGGUGGCUUGAACUUCGACCCAGACGUCAUCCGUGCGGAACCUGGAGACGAAGUCGCCUUCUACUUCACCAGAGGCUCUCAUGAUGUUACUCUGGGAGAAUUCGACAACGCUUGCCAGCCAGCGGACAACGCAUUCUGGUCUGGCACCAUCAACCUCCCGGAGGGUACUCAAGGCUCUGCCGUCUUCACGAUUCCCAUCGAGGACACAGACCCCAAAUGGAUCUACUGCAGUUACCGGAGACACUGCCAGAAUGGAAUGGUUGGAGUGAUUAACCCACCCUCCGAGGGCGACCAAAACAUCGAUGCCUUCAAGAGCAGAGCUGCUGAGGCUCCAGCCAGCCACCGACCAACAAGCAUCAAUGGUGGUACAUUGAACGUGAUGGGUGACGUUGAUAUUCCCGGCCAUGAUGAGGACGACGAGUCCCCGGCCCCAUCUGGCACUGGCGAUGACUCAAUCCCAACCGCCACCCUGAUUCCCCCAAGCACCACCGACGGUCCUCCCCAGACUACGGGUAGCGAUUCUCCCGCCCCUACUUUCACUGGCGCUGCUGCUCCAGCCCAAGGAAACGGCGCUCUGAGCGCACUCAUGGCCGGUUUGGCUGUUGGAGCUGCUUGGUUUGGAUUGAUUUAAAUAUGAUUCAGAGUAACAAAUUGUCUUAACAUGUGACUUUGGUAUAAUACCUUUUUUGUUUAACUCCUUGCUUUUCUUGUAAGAGACAUAAUUGAGGAUACUCUUUUUCCUUCUUGGUUACCCCGGGAUAUAUACUGCUUUGAGCUGUAUGUAUA